AUGGCUGGUCUACUGUUAUUGGGAACAGGUGCUCUGGUCACCUAUUUUAUGGCCAAAAGCAUAUAUCGACUGUAUUUUCAUCCUCUGAGCAAAAUUCCAGGUCCUAGGCUUGCCGCAAUUUCAACCAUCUAUGAGUUCUAUUUCAACGUGAUCAAGCAAGGAUCGUUCAUUUGGGAGAUGGAGAGGUUACACAAGGACUCCAACUACUACGACGAGAUCUAUGCUUCCGGCAAGCGCAGACGGGAGAAGGAUGCUAUCCUCGUCGCUCAGUUCGAUCUCAAGGGAUCGGCAUUUUCAAGUGUCACGCCAGAAGAGCAUCGGCAGAAGCGUUCGAAUUUGGAAAAGCAUUUCUCAAAACAAUCUGUCACUAACAUGGAACACCUGAUUCACGAGAACAUCGACAAACUGGAUCAACAUUUCAAGCGCGCCUACGAAUCCCACAAAGCUGUCACCUUGGAUGCUGGUUUUGCCGGGCUAACAUCUGAUGUCAUUCACAAAUAUGCCUAUGGAAUCAACAGUGGAAACCUCGAUCACGAAGAGUUCAACGAAAAAGUCCGAGAUGGAAUCAAUGGACUGUUCAAGUUCGGCCACAUUUCAUACUUCUUCCCAAUCAUCCAAACCGUCAUGAAGUCGCUUCCGUUGGAGUGGCUCGAAAAGAUUGACCCAUUUGUAUAUGCGCUGAGAAUUUCAAAGGAAAACGUUACACAUCAGACAAAAGAGUUUCUCGGUGGCAAAUCGUCAAAUUCAAAGCCUCGCCCCAUCAUGGAGAUCAUCACCGGCUCAGACAUGCCCGAACACCUGCGCCAAUUGGAAGGCCUGAGCAAUGAUGGAUUUAGCCUGGUUCUUGGUGGUACCGAGACAACUGCGCGGGCACUAACUAUUGCUGCUUUCCGCCUCAUUUCCAAUGAAAAUAUGAGAAAGAAGUUGCGUGAGGAGCUGCGAACGGUGAUGCCUACGCCUGAUUCUCGUCCAACGUGGAGCCAGCUUGAACAGCUGCCGUACCUGUCGGGGGUCGUUUCGGAGGCCCUGCGCUUGUCUACUGGAAUUGCCAGUCGCUCCCCACGUAUCGCGCCCACUGAAGCUCUAUUGUACAAGGACUACACUAUUCCUCCUGGGACCCGGGUGAGCCAAACCAACUACUUCGUUCUCACAGACCCCGAAAUAUUCCCCGAUCCACACGCUUUCGACCCAGAUAGGUGGCUACGCGCUGCUGCAAAGGGAGAGCGACUGGAUAGAUUCAUGGUUCAAUUUUCAAAAGGCACUCGGAACUGUUUAGGCAUGAACUUGGCAUAUGCAGAGUUGUUCCUUGUGCUAGCAGCUUUUGUCCGUCGCUUUGACAUGGAGCUGUUCGAGACAACCGAAAAGCAGAUCGCCUUUGUUCGUGACUUUGGAACUCCUUAUCCUGACGAGGGUAACACCACUGUGCGUGCUACCGUUACUGGUGUGAUAAAGGAGUGA